CGGUUAGGUAUUGCGAAAGUUAUGGCCCAAAAUAUGGCCUCGUUUUGAGGGUGGUGGAUCUUGCAGAACUCGCUCGGAGGAUUUUUUAAAAAUUUAUUCAGAAGCUUUCUAAGUCUGAAAAAAUUUUUAUAGUUAAUUUUUAAUUUGUUUUGAUUUAUUUUUUAAUUGAAAAAAGUUUUUGGAGAAUUUUAAAAUAUAAUUUCCCCGAGCGGGUUCGAACCUACGACCCCUUUCCGUUAAACAUACAACUUGCGGAUUUUUGGGAAAACAAAGGGAAGAAGACCCAAUCUUUCUUUCUUAAUUUAUUUUAAAAAUAAAAAUAAUAAUUUUUUCUAAAGUUUGUUAAUGUUGUUGAUUUUACAACAUUUUUAUUUUUUUUUGUUUUUUAAUUUAUUUUUUAAAAUUCCCUUUUUAGCUCUAAAAACCUUAAAAAUUCUUUAAUUUUCUUCUUCCAAAGAUGACUUCAAAUAUUAAAUUAAAUUCAAUUCUUCGAAUGUCUGGAAAGCUGCUAAUUGCUACAGCACCUGUUUUGACGACAGAAUUGAAGGAUAAAGAUGACAAGACAGCACAACAAGAGCGACAUCCAAGAAAUCAGAGAACUUUUAAUAAGAUUCCACAAGCUCCAAAUACUUCAACGAAAAUGUUGACUCCAGAAGAUUUGAAUCAUGAACAAAAAAAGGGAAGCAUUCUAACUAGUCAUCCUGUUGUUUUGGGUGGUGCUGGUCUUACUGUUGCAGCACUUAUGUACAUGAUUCGUUCUUCAAUGGCUGGUGAUGGCAAUGCUAUGCGUUUGGGAGCACAGUAUCGUAUAGCAGCACAAUUAGCUACUUUUGCCAUUUGUUUUAUUGUUGCUUUGUCUGCUGCAAAGACUUCAAUGGCUAAAGAAAAGUAG